GUCAGAGAUGUCCUUUCGGUUUCUUCUCCUUCACCUCCAACAUCGACAGUCACUGGAUUUCUUCGGGGACCUCGGCGGACCGCGUCCUCGAGGUCCACGGUGCCGUGAAAUGGCUCCAGUGCUCCAAGCCUUGCUGCCCGGACGUGUGGAAGGCGCCGGCUGACCUCUGCCUGGCAGAGGAUCCCCAUACCCAUCGAGUGCAGGGAGUGUUGCCAAGCUGCCCGAAGUGCAAGGCAGUCGCCAGACCCAACGUGCAGAUGUUUGGUGGGGAUUCUGGAUUCUCACGGGCACGACGAGGGGCACAGAACACCAGGUACGAUGCGUGGGUCAAUAGCUUGGCAUCGCGGCCGGAUGUUAGUAGCCUCAGCGUUGUUUGCCUGGAAGUUGGCUGUGGACUCACAGUUCCAACCGUGAGACGAGAGCUUGAGAAGGUCGUGCAGAGAUUCCCCGGGGGUCGCCUCAUUCGAGUGAAUCCCGAGAACCCCGGACUUGCCAAAGAGCUGGUCGAGAAAGGAGUAAGCCUGCCGCUGCCGGCAGCUGCUGCCAUCGAAAAACUGAGCCAGCAGGUGGCGCAAACCGAGGAGAUUAUGCAGGCGACCUACGUCCUCUGGGGUCAAGAGGGCGGCUGCGAGAUCCGUGCGCCUUUCGGGACCUGCCUCGGACGACUUCUGCGAUUGGUUGAAACGCAGGGUCGGAUGACAGUGGAGUUCAAGCCGGACGUUGUCGGAAUCGUGAAGCAAGCGAUGGGCCCCAGGACGGAGCCUCUUACCUUGGAGAGGUCUGUGCCGAUGGACAUGUACCAGGAAGUCAAAGUUGGAGAUGGUGCGAAGUUGGAGGUGACAGCCAUCAUACGGGUCAUGGCCAAAUUCUCGGGUGGCAGCUCCAGCGUGGGCGGUUUCAGCCUGAACGCCCCCUUGGCCACGCGCGUGGACCAGGCAGGGAAUAGCUAUGGUGCGAAGGUCGUUCUUGUCGAGCGCGGGCCGUCCUGGAACGAGCAAGGCCAGCGAACCGGCGCUGGCCCGGGAGGGACCUGCGUGAAUGUGGGAUGUGUCCCGAAGAAGCUGAUGUUCAUGGCGGCUGCUCACCGUGAGAUGAUGGUGGGGGAGCUUGCCACUGCCAAGGGCUACGGCUUCACGGUGCCGGAGGGCGCUGGGAAGGUUCAGUGGGAGGCGCUUCAACAGCGUCGUGACGAAUAUGUGAAGAAGCUGAACAAGAACUACACGGCAGGCUGGCAGAAGGAAGGUGUCGAGAUUGUCGAAGGUACAGCUCAGUUCGUUGAUUCGAGCACCGUGGAGGUGCAGCGGAAAGACGGCAGCAAGACCACGCUUUGCGGAAAGAAAAUCCUCAUAGCGUGCGGCGGCAUCCCAGAUGCUCCGCCUAUUCCAGGCAUCGAGCAUGCGAUUAACAGUGACGGCUUCUUCGAGCUCAAGAAGCAGCCCAAGAAGGUUGCAGUCAUUGGCGCCGGCUACAUCGCAGUGGAGAUGGCUGGAAUACUCCAUGCAUUAGGAUCAGAGACGCACCUGUACUUUCGUGGUGACACAGUGUUACGUCGUGGCUUCGAUCCCUUCAUUGUGAAGAUAUUGAUGGAGGCCUUGGAGCAUCACGGCCCCGUGUUGCACCGAAACAGCCAGCCUUCUCGCAUCACCAAGCAAAGCAACGGCUUGCUUACCUACACUGCAACCGAGGGCUCGAAUGCUGAGCAGAAGGUUUACACUGACUUUGAUUGUAUACUUCUCGCCAUUGGGCGAAAGCCUGUGACAGAUCAACUGGGCUUGCAGAAGUGCGGCGUGCUGACAAAUAAGUCAGGUCAUAUCGUGGUGGAUGCUUUCGAGAAUACGAAUGUACCAGGAAUCUACGCCAUUGGAGAUGCUACGAGCACCGGCUUCGAGCUGACGCCGGUGGCCAUUGCCGCGGGCCGGCGCUUGGCAGAUCGCCUCUUCCUGGGAGAAGGUCGGGCACGGAUAGCCUAUGAGCAGAUCGCCACGGUCGUCUUCAGCCACCCUCCCAUCGGCUGCAUCGGGCUGACAGAGCCGCAGGCGAAAGCCGAAUUUGGCGAGGCCAACGUGAAGGUCAAGCAGUCCAGCUUUGCGAGCAUGCUGUAUGCAUUCAACGACGACGGCAAGAAGGUCAAGACCGGUCUCAAGCUCGUCUUGAAGAUGCCGGAAGAACGCGUGGUGGGUCUGCACUGCAUUGGCCCUUACUCCGACGAGAUGAUGCAGGGAUUCGCUGUGGCCGUGCGCAUGGGGGCCACGCGUGCGGACUUUGAAGCCUCCGUCGCCAUCCAUCCAACCAUCGCUGAGGAGUUCGUGACCUUCGGGGGCUGGGGCCAAGAAAAGAACGGAGACCAGGUUCGUGCACAGCUGCCACCGUACCUGAAGCCCAAGCCGGUGCUCUCUGACUUCGCCACAGGGGCAGCUUUGGGCGCAGCAGCGGCGGGAGCGAUUGCUACCGCAGUGGUGGCAAUGGAGGAGAAACAAGAUUUGCUGCAGCAGCAUCCGAUCAGAUUUGGAUCGGCUUUGUUGCGCGAAGUAUGUCCCAUUAUGCUUGUGGUCGGCAUGCAGGUGCAAACUCACUUCAAAGGCUAUGUGUGCAAGCUCCUGGACGAGGUCAACCACGCAUUCAGCCAGCCUGAGUACCAGAAGGCGGCUGAAGGCUGUGAGGAUCGUCGAAGUUUACUGAAGGAGACCCGGAACAUCCAGUUCGAGGUCCUCCCCAAGUACGGCAUCGAAGCCACAGAGAAGGGUACUUCCAUCAUGGCCGCGUGGAUCAGCUCCGCUCAAAACGGUAUCAAGGACGUCGACGACAAGGUCGCAGCCUCCAUGCACUUGAGCCGUAUUGCUUAUGCAUCCAAGCUCCCCUUGGCGAAGAACAAGGCGAAGGAGGCUGUGCCGACACCUGCGCAAACACCCCAGACGCAGUCCGUGGCAGUGGAGCGUGCGCCUUUUCCCGAGAAGAAGGCGUCGGCGCCGCCGGGAAAGCCUCCACCUGCGGCACCGCCAAAGGCCACUCCCUUAGGUGUGGCCACCCCACCUGUGGCGUUUGGCUCCCCACCCUGGCAGCCCGCGGUUGAGAAGGAGGAGAAACCCGUGGAGAAGAAGGAGCCUCCAAAGCCAAAGCCGAAGCCGAAGGAGGAAAAGCCUCCGCAGGCACUGACGGUGACACUUACCAGGUUCAGUACCUGGGAAGACCCGACUCCACAGAGGUUCCAGGUGGAGCUUAUGUCCAACACCAAAGUUUCGGAGCUGCGAGCGAAAAUCGCAGAGCUUUGUGCACUGGACGACUCCGAGACCCGGAAAGUGAAGCUCAUCAAGAGGAAAAAAGCUGGCUUCGUGACCGCUCAGGAGACGGAGAGUGUCUCCAGCGAAGUCUUCGUCCAUCAGAUUGAAAAGUGGCCGAAGUGA